CUCAGUUCUUUGGUAAGAUCUGAAAUAUCUCUCUCUCUCUGCCACUGGAGUAAGGAAGAAGGCUGCUCUUUUUAUGAUCUUAUUUAUUCUUUCCUUGCAGCAUACAAGGAAGGGAACACAAAAUAGAAGCAGCUUUGAGAUCCCCAAGAAGCUCUCUCUCUCUCUCUCACUUGCAGAACUGGAAAAUUUGGGGAAUUGAGAAAAGAAUGGGGAAGAAAGGGAGCUGGUUAUCUUCAGUAAAGAAGGUUUUCAGCCCAGAAUCUAAGAAGGCUAGUAAAUCAAAUAAGAAAAGGUUGGAGAAAGAACAGCUUAAGGUUCCAGACUCUUCAGUUUUCGAAACUCCUAUUGUAUCACUGCCGCCCCCUCCGGUUCCUCCAGUGGAAGAGGUGAAACCGACACAAGUGGAGAAAGAGCAGACAAAACAUGCUUACUCGGUUGCAGUUGCCACGGUGGCAGCUGCUGAAGCUGCAGUAGUAGCUGCUAAUGCUGCAGCCGAAGUUGUUAGGUUAACUGCACCAGAUCGAUUUGCAGGAAAAUCGAAGGAGGAAACUGCUGCAAUUAGGAUUCAAACUGCAUUCCGAGGAUACUUGGCUAGGAGGGCAUUGAGAGCUUUAAGGGGGCUCGUGAGGCUAAAAGCACUUGUUGAUGGGCCUACUGUCAAACGGCAAACCGCAAAUGCUCUUAAAUGCAUGCAGACUUUGUCCCGUGUGCAGUCUCAGAUUCAUUCUAGAAGGAAUAGAAUGUUGGAGGAAAAUCGAGCCCUCCAAAGACAGCUCGUGCAGAAACACGCCAAGGAACUCGAGAACUUGAGGAGAGGGGAGGAGUGGGAUGAUAGUCUACAGUCAAAAGAGCAAAUAGAAGCAAACUUGUUGAGCAAAUAUGAAGCUGCUACGAGACGUGAAAGAGCACUUGCUUAUUCAUAUUCUCAUCAGCAAACAUGGAAGAAGUCCUCGAGGUCUCCCAAUUUAUUGUUUAUGGAUCCCACGAAUCCGCAGUGGGGUUGGAGCUGGCUCGAGAGGUGGAUGGGUGCUAGACCGUGGGAAGCGGAGGGCGUGUCACUUAGAAAUGAUCAGUUGUCUGUGAAAGGUGGUUCGAGCAUUAGUGUGGGAGAAAUCACUAAAUCGUUUGCUCGCCAUCAGCUAAACGCAGAACAGCCUUCCUCGCCCGCCAGCCAAAAGCCAAGUCACUCGUUAGGCCGCCAUUCCCCUGCUACUCCAGCCAGAAAACUAAAACCGCCAAGCCCAAGAGCGAGUGCCACCGCCCAAGAUGAUGACACGAGAAGCGUGUUCAGUGUGCAAUCAGAGCGCAACAGGAGGAGGCACAGCAUUGGUGGGUCAUCAGUGAGAGACGACGAGAGUUUGGCUAGCUCCCCGUCUACUGUACCGAGCUAUAUGGCACCCACUCAUUCAGCAAAGGCCAAGACACGUUUGCAGAGCCCAUCAGACGUCGAGAAUGGAACAACUCCAGAAAAGGGGGCAAAGAAGCGGCUUUCGUUCCCACCAUCCCCUGCUAGCAGGCCAAGGCGGCAUUCGGGACCACCAAGAGUGGAGAACAUCUCCAUUGCUUAACCUGAUACGAAUGGCGAGAUCAAUUAAUAAUAUUCUCAAAAGCACUGCUGUGCCAAUAAGCUGUGUUUGUUGCAGAGAAUAAUAUAAGGGGGGAAAAUAACAGUGCAUUUCAUUGAUUUGAUUUGUCAUGUUUCAACUUCUUCACACAAUUCUUUACCUGAAGAUUGGCUCCAGAUGAAGUCAGUCCAUCAGAGUUUCUUGGGGAUAGUCCUGCUAUUUGUAUCCCCUUCUCCCACUUGUUCAAGAUUGUAAUACUUGAGAAACUAUAUUUGAUUACUUGUGAUUAUAUAUGAUUACUCCAACAGUUAAAAGAUGUGUUCUUUUACUCUCUUU